GCUGCCUCGGGUUUGUGGCCAGUGUGUCGACUCUGUGGUGUGUUGUCAAGGCCUUUGCUUGGGGAGGCGGCGGCUGCUUCCUUUUCGGAGCACGGCGCCUCCUCAAACCUGCCGUCCUGGCUCUGCAGCUGGCACGCCACCUCGCCCUCUCCGCCAUGGCCGCGCCACCCUGGCCGGCCCCUGCCAGCCUGAGCCUGCCUCGGUGGGUUUCUGCCCACCGCGCGCUGGACAAGGCCCUGCAGAAGCUGUCAAAGCUGCACCAGCUGGUGAGCCAGCCCCACCUGGGCCUCCGCAACAGCCCGCCCCACCUGCCUUACCUCCUGCCCCAGACCCACCAGCACCUGAGGGUCAUCCGGGAGGCGUACGGGGCCGGCAUUGCCCAGCUCUGGGAGGAAGGCUAUUUCCGCAUCUUCCUCACCAACCUGCUGGAAAAGGUCAAGCAGGCCGAGAGGCUCUUCAAGAGGCAGAAAGGGGAGGUUUUCCAGGAGCAGUCCGCCAUCAGGAGGAAUCUGACCAAGCUGUCCUUGAUCUUCAGCCACAUGUUGGCCGAACUGAAGGCCCUGUUUCCCGACGGGCGUGACCACGGGGGCAAAUACCAGCUCAGCAAACCAGAGGCGCAGACCUUCUGGAGAGAGACGUGGGGCACACGGAGCCUGGUAUCCUGGGCUGAGUUUCGAGAAGGACUCCAUCGGGUCCACCCCGUUGAUUCCGGCUCAAUGGCCAUAGCGCUGAGAUCCACCAUCGACCUCACCUGCAACGGGCACAUCUCCAUAUUCGAGUUUGACGUUUUCACCUGCCUUUUCCAGCCAUGGCGGACCCUGCUUAAGAACUGGACGUACCUCGCAGUGACGCACCCGGGGUACAUGGCCUUCCUCACCUAUGAUGAAGUCAAGGCACGGCUGCAGGCAUACAGCAGUAAGCCCGGCAGCUAUAUCUUCCGACUCAGCUGCACCCGUCUAGGCCAGUGGGCCAUCGGCUACGUGAUGGAGGAUGGCAGUAUCUUGCAAACCAUCCCACAGAACAAGCCACUCUUCCAGGCACUCAUUGACGGACAGAAGGAGGGCUUUUACGUGUAUCCAGACGGGAAGAACACAAAUCCCGACCUGAAAGAGCUGAUCGAGUUGUCGCAAAACAGCCGAAUUCAGGUCUCCCAAGAACAGUUUGAACUCUACUGCCAGGUGGGCUCCACUUUCCAGCUCUGCAAAAUCUGUGCUGAGAACGACAAGGACGUCCGGAUCCAGCCAUGUGGGCAUUUACUCUGCCGGGGCUGCCUUGAAGCAUGGCAGCUCUCUGAAGCGCACACUUGCCCCUUCUGCCGCUGCAAGAUCUGGGGCCACGAAGACAUCCUCAUCGACCCCUUCAGCUACACAGAGGACCGCCCUGGUCUGGAGGAAGAGGGCGAUGAAGAGGACCUGGAGGAUGUGGAGGCGGUGCUCCAGCAGCUGGCUGUCAUGCGCAAAGACCAAGGGAGGAAGAAUUCCACUCCCACCCCAAGCUUGGACCCGGAGACGUUGCAGACCCCGCCAGUACCCCCUCGGCUAGACCUUCUCCAGCGGCAGAAGAGGGGAUCCCCUCCCAGUGCUGACUACCAAGGCUCUGCCCACUGGAUCCAUCAUCGCCCCUUGCCAAGCCUGCCCGAGGCCGGCCCCACUUCAUCGGUCCCCUGGGAUGCCCCGCAGGCCUCUACACAGCAGCUGACUUGAUUGCAGGGCGAGGCUGUGGAAGAGACGGCUCACAGCCAUGAACCACACGGGACCUCCCUUGCCAAGAAUGAAAGCUGCUGGCAAAACGUUUGUUCAGCCAAUCUGAGCACCUUUCCAGACACGUGACUUUCCCAGCAGAGACUGCCUGGACCACCUCGCCUAAGCAAGUACUUCCAUUCUUGGGAAACCCACUCAUCAGGCAAACCAUUCUUGCUGGGAAAUGGUGAUUCUUAUCCCAGCCAGUGCCACAGUCGAGUUCCGCUCCCUGUUUUAGUGCAACAUGACAGGUGUGCUAACAUCAAGGGCUCCUAUUGGACAGUGACCAUGCCGUCACUGCUAACAAGUCCAUUCUUUGCAUAUCCAUAUCCGUUUCAGCGGCCUAACAACUUUUAAUUGCCUUUCAGCCUCCCUUUCUUUUGGGAGGCUGGGCGUUUGCACUCUCCAGAAAGGAGGGUGCUGGUUUUUAUUUCAGAAGUUCGGGGGCCAGGGCAGAAUCUGGCCUGCCAGGAGCAAAAAAUACGAGUUUACUGGUUUUUCAAAGGUCUCAGACAUCAUGGUUUAAUGGACUGAACUGGUGGUGUACUGGUUAUGUCCACAAGGUGGUGCCAGCACUCCAGCAGCAGAGACUGAAUAUGCUUCCAGUUUGGAAAGAAGUGUAUAAAUUUUUUUUAAAAAAAAGAAUUUCUUUUAAAUAUUCCUAUUUUAUUCUGGAUGCUGAUUAAUGUUUGGAUUUCUGGAGCAUGUGAAUCAAGAUGUCAAAUAUUAAAUGUUGCAAGCUGA